AUCUACGCCAUCGUUUUUCCGUAUCGCUCAUCUUGGUGCUAACCAUACACUUUGAGGGUAUGAGUGAAGCCGAUAUCGCACCGAUCCCGGCCGUGGCACCUACGUCAGCGCCGGAAAAGCAUCCGCUUGUCGUGCCAGAAAAGGUGCGACACGUUGAUCCGGUUGACCGAUUUUCGGCUCUGAUCGUAAGGGGUACCAUCGUUGGUGUCGGGCUAUUGGGAGUUGGACUCUUUCUUCGCAACUCGCGCAUUUUCGCGCGAUUCGAGAAUGUCACAGAAAUACCCAAAGAAUUCAUACGAAAGGAGCUUGAGCUGAAAGGAACCGUACGAGAGGUACUGCCGUCUGGAGAGUUGCGCGUGGAACACAUACCAGUAGUGAGGCUUCCGGCUUUUCUCGCGACAAGGAGACCUCCCAAGGGUCUUCUCAACAUACGACUCGCAGGCGUCGAUCUCUCCAAUGCUGGCCAACAAUUUCUCGCGAAGGAUCUGCGUCUUACUAACAAGCCAGUAACUUUCGUCGUUAUAAAGAACAGUGAUGAUUCGAAGAAUGCUGUGGACGCUGAUGUGACAGUUAAAAAGAGUACAUUCACUCGCACCAAUUUGAAUAUCGAAGUGGUGAGACGUGGCUAUGCUCGAGUUCCACCACCUGAGUCACCGCGACAUCUAAAGGCUUUACAAACAAUUCCCGCCUAUUCAAGAUUAGUCAGCAAAUUGCUGAUGAGUGAAAAGGUAGCCGAUCGCCGAGGAGUUGGCUUAUGGGAGCGCGAUUCAUGGGUAGAGUCAGUCCAGUCUUAUCCUUCACAAGUGGGACAAAUCAUACGUGGUGCACCUAUCACAAAAUUUAUUGUACUAGUCUUCAAUGUCAGUAGAGAUAUACUCCUGUAUGGCGUGAAGUUGACUCAGCAAGCGUAUGCGGUACUACUUUCCGCUUGCGCGCAAAUCGCCUACGGAUAUCGACGCUUAUCCGCGAACGUCGACCGUCUUACGGAGAAGUACAACAGAACCGGGUUGGAAGUAAUCGUUUAUCCUCUCUCAACUGCCAUUCAAUGGUUUUGCAAUAGCUUCUCUUAUGUCGGCAUUUCUGCUUUCCAGCUUGGGACUAUCUGCAACUGUUCUGUAGGAAUUCCCCUCUCUAAAGUUUCGCCUUGCAGCCAGCACUCAUGA